UCUGUUACUUCAAGGAAUCAACACGCUCCCAGGAUAAGGAAAAUAUCCCACCUCAUGAUCUAAAUCCUGCUGCAAAGGAAGAAGAGCCUCAUCUGACCCAUUUUUUUGAGUGGAGUUACAGGAAGAACAUCUAUACCCACACCUGCAAUCAAGCGCAAACUAUUGAGGACUGCCUGAAGAAAAGUCCAAAGUUCAAAGCAGCUGCAGAAAAGCAGAAGGGCAAAGAGCUUGUUAUUGUAAGAAGUGGGAAAGCGAUAGCUUCACACUUUCCAUGCGGAGUAAUUAAAAAUGAACGUCUGACUCUGAAGUUUGUGAAAGCUGUGGAGAAGCCAAAGAAACCAGUUAGCGGCUCUGGUUAUCCCUGCAAAAAGAGACAAUCUAGCAAGCUUGUGAUAUUUCAUGUCAUGGCACGAGGAAGUAAAAAUGUUGUCAGAAUCCUGAAAAAUCCUGAACUAAGAAAAGACAUGCAGGAAAUUACUGUUUACGCAUACGAAGGGGAAAAAGUGAAGCAAGCUCUACGAAGAGAUGGUCGUUUUCUCAAUACCAUGUUCAAAAAGAAUUGUGUGCUCUGUAACAUGUGCACUGAAGUGAACACAGAGAUGUGCAAUCUGGUUGACGACCUUGAUCGUGAAACUUUUAAGAUCAAAUUGCUCGACAAGUCUGAUCCACCAGAAAGUCAGCCUGGCAGUCUUGAUGACGCUUACGUGCUGCAGAGUGAAUCUCAGGCAGGUGAUUCUGGUGGGAAUGAGGAGCUUUCACAGCAGACUAACACAGUCGAAUCAGAGACCGACAAUGUAGCAGAAAAGAAACCAAAUCUGUGUGGAAAUAUUUAUUUAAAACAGAUGCAAAAUUGUUUGUCUUCAGAAUUUAAAGACUCAAUCAAAAGCAGCAAAAAACAAGCUCAUGAUCUUAAUUUCACCCAGAAUCUUUUGCGUCUGGAGUUUGGGAGCAAUGCUCAGUCGUGCCGAGAAGUGAAGACGAUGAGGAAACUCAUGGAGCUCAGUCAUUCUGUUUGUCAAGUAAGAAUAAAUGGGAAACCACAAGGAAGCGGUUUCCUCGUGUUCAGCAGAUUUGUCCUCACAAAUGCCCAUGUUAUUAAAGAUUUCUGUAAUGAUAACAGCCGGCUUAAUGAGCGGGUCACUGUCACUUUCUCUUAUGAAAGUCUGGAGCAGAACGAUGGCCUGAUAGAUGUGGAAGAGGUUUCUGGUUAUGAUUACUCACCUGAUGUGUCAGGGACUGACUGGGCUUUGUUAAAGCUCAGUGAUGUCCAGAUAUUGCCUGGUGGUCUCCUAACACACUGUGGAUUCAUUCGUCACAGUGGUGGCAUUAGCAUUGUUGGACAUCCAGCUGGUGGAACGAAAAAGAUCGAAUCUUGUUUGGUUGUUUCAUCUGAGAACCGGAAUCAGGUUGUGGAAAGGCAUUACAGUAACAAUAAUGAGCCUGUCCAGUUCGUUACUCGCAGGUUCUUUGAAAAAGUGGCAGUUGAUCUUCAACAGCGCAAACACCUUCUGACUUAUGAGUCUUGUUUAUAUUUUGGGUCCUCUGGCUCUCCUGUCUUUAACGAGGACGGCGAUGUUGUUGCAAUGCAUUCAGGAGGGUACGCCUACCCUGGUGUGAUGGGUCAAAACCAGAGUGUCAUAGAGUUUGGGUAUCCCUUUUCUGACAUCAUUGAGCACAUCAUUAUUCAAAUGGUGGAGAGAGAAAAGUUUGAUGUGUUGAAAGAAUACCUCAGUUGCAAAUGUGCUCGACAGCAAGACUUUUUGGUUGGUGUGAAAAAGCUCGUUGAGAGCAGAAAUCUCACAAGGUUUAAAAAUGUAGUGAACAGUUCAGUGGCUGUAGAUGACGAGAGUUUGAAGGCUUUCUUUGAAUUCUUCUCUCGGAGAGAGCAGCCUGAGCCCAUGGAUAUUAACUGAGUGCACAGAAGGUUAACUGCAGACAGAAGAUAAAGUGAGAACAGUUCGAGCAGUAAAAGCAGUCGUUAUUUUUAAUAAGUCAGGACACUUGUUUAAAAAAACAAAUUUUUUCAAUUUACUCUCUCACAUAAGAUUUUGUUAAACAACUGAUGCAUCAUGUACUAUAAAUAAUAUUAUUAAUAAUAAUAAUGCAUGUAUGCUGGUUCUGUGCUUCUGAAAUGCAAGUAAUAACGACUUUAUACCCUUUGUACUGGUUUAUAUCUGGGGGGUUUUUCUGUUUUUUGUGCAUGCUUUAUUUCAAAUUUAGAAUCAACUGUGGCUGAAUAUAUAUGGAGUGUUGAUCAAAGGCUUCAAAAUAUGAUACCUUAUCAAUAUUUUCAAUAUGACCAGUUUAUAUCAAAUAAAUACGGUUUGCUGUUUA